AGCUCAGAGUGACCUUCUCUUUGGAAGCUCAGCUAAUAAUAGUAGAGCCGGGAUUUUGACUCGUUUUGUUAACCGACGAGUUUGUGGUGAUUCCCUCAAGUUUCAGUUAUCUUGUCUUUCUAUAAGGGGCUCGAGAAAUGGCUCAGAGGUUAAUAACACCGGCUGUUCUUCCAAAGGUCCUGAGUUCAAUUCCCAGCAACCACAUGGUGGCUCAUAACCAUCUAUAUGGUUAGAUCUGGUGUGCAGGCAGAAUGUUGUAUAAAUAACUAAAUCUUUAAAAAAAAAAAAAUUCCAAAGUAAAAAAAAAAAAGACCCUUCUGGCUGAUAUUCACCCCGAAAUUCCAUCAGAAUGCCGUGGUUCUUCUAACUGUGGUCAGUCUCUAGCUCUUUCUCAAUUUCCCUGUUUGUAGAAAACAGGUUAGAUUAAAUGGUCUUUCUAGAGACUUCUUUAAAGCUGUAUAUUUACUUGUGUCUGUUUGUGUAUGUACGUGGGUGUUGGUGGACGCCAGGGGAGAGUGUCAGAAUCACCAGAGCUGGAAUUGCAGGCUGUUAUAAGCUGCCUGAGCAAGGAAGAUGUGGCUGUUGGACUGGCAAGAGCAGGGGAAGAUGGAAGGGAACAGGCGAUGAGCCGCGAGUGUAGCUCCCUUCUCCAGGAACCCACUGCUUCUGCUCUGUUUACUGAUACCGUGGUGACAGGAUGUCAUGAGCCUGUCUCGUGUGGAUGGGAAAGAGUUGUGAAGCAGAGAUUAUCUGGGAAAACUGCAGGAAGAUUUGAUGUGUACUUUAUCAGCCCAGAAGGACUGAAGUUCAGAUCAAAACGUUCACUUGCUAAUUAUCUUCUCAAAACUGGGGAGACUUUUCUUAAGCCUGAAGAUUUUGAUUUUACUGUACUAUCUAAAGGGGGCAUCAGGCCAGCCUAUAAAGACCAAAGCUCGGCAGCUCUGACUUCCCAGAAGCCAAAUAAAACCGACAUUUCAAACCAGAAGUUCAGGACACGAAGCAAGUGGAAAGCAGAUGUGUUGCUUCUGCCAAGUGGUAAUUCAGAGUCACCAGAUAGCAGCAGACUGUCAAACUCUGAUCAUUUGCUACUGAAAGAAGAUGAGGGCAUUCGGGAUGCUGGCUCUGGGAAGAUGAGAAAGCCCAAAAGAAAGGUGAGUGUUCUGAAAGAAAUUGGAACUAAGAAAACCAAACAAAGGUGCAGGAAGAAUCUCUCCAAUUCUGCUCAAAGUAACAGAAAAAGAGACCCUGUGGUUGAGAAAGCGGAUGCUGACAGUGAAUGUCAACCCAACAGACCCCUCUGCCCUUCAGAGGCCUGCAUGAUUGAGACCGUCCCCGUGGCUGGGGAAGAAAAGGGCCUGGGAAAGGAAAAACCUCCGACUCCAGGGUCAGAUCUUCAUUUCACACAACUAACUUCUGGCAUCACAAACAAAGUACAUUCAACUGAAGAAGCAGGUGAUGCGAAGCAUGAGCAGCCUUUUUUAGAAUCAGAGGAAAUCAAAUCGAAGGGAGCUGAAGAGGGGGAGGCGCAUUUGCAUAUCGACGUUGUGCAGGGAGGCUCUGAAAUGCCCAGCUGCUCACAAGCCAGGAAGCACUUCACUUCUGAGACACUUCGAGAAGACAGCAUCCCACGAGCACAAAUAGAAAAAAGGAAAACAAGCCUGUAUUUUUCCAGCAAGUACAACAAAGAAGCGCUUAGCCCCCCAAGACGCAAAGCCUUCAAGAAAUGGACCCCUCCUCGGUCACCUUUUAAUCUUGUUCAAGAAACACUUUUCCACGAUCCAUGGAAGCUCCUCAUCGCGACUAUAUUUCUCAAUCGGACCUCAGGCAAGAUGGCUAUCCCCGUACUGUGGGAGUUUCUAGAGAAGUACCCUUCAGCUGAGGCGGCCCGAACUGCUGACUGGAGGGACGUGUCAGAGCUGCUCAAGCCUCUUGGUCUCUAUGAUCUCCGUGCAAAAACCAUUAUCAAGUUCUCAGAUGAAUAUCUGACAAAGCCGUGGAGGUAUCCAAUUGAGCUUCAUGGGAUCGGCAAAUACGGCAAUGACUCCUACCGGAUCUUUUGUGUCAAUGAGUGGAAGCAGGUGCAUCCCGAAGACCACAAGUUAAAUAAAUACCAUGACUGGCUUUGGGAAAAUCAUGAAAAAUUAAGUCUGUCUUAAAGCCGCCUGUUUGAAAUUUUCUAUGCAUUGCUUUGUGCUUCCAUUUCUAAGCGUCCUGUGAUGUGAUAUACAGUGAGCUCCCUUCCCACGCAUGUAGGUUUCUUCAGUUUGUUAGAAGCCAGUGUAUGUCUUCAGCCUCUGCCACAGGUAGAUCUUUGUCAGUGAGUGUUGUAGACAUACUUUGAAAUUUGAAAAAAUAAUUGUUGAGUAAGGAUCCUAAAAGUGUAUUCAGUUUUUCCAGUGAUGAAAUUCAGUGCGUCAGUGCUGAGGGGCAGUUACCACACUCUUGCUGAGGAAAGGCUAACCAUGGUAUUCUCUUUCUGUACAAAGUGAUGGUAGGGUGUACAAUUGUGUAUGAAGGAAGACUCUGCCAUUAUUAUGGGUAUUGCAGUGUUACAGUGUAAAUAAUGAGGCAUUUACCUUAGAGAGAAAUCACCAAAUAAAAGCUACAUUGACCUACACAUGGUGGCACACACCUGUAAUCCUGGCACUCAGAAGGCUAAGGCAUGAGGAUGGAAAGGACCAGCAUGUAUUGUAGGUAGAGAGAGACUCUGUCUUAAAACAAACUGGGCCAGUGAGGUGGUUCAGUAGUCACUUGCUGACAAGCCUGAUGAUCUGAAUUCCAUCCCUGGAGCCAACUCCUGAACGUUAACCUCUUACCUUUACUUGAAAUCACACACACACACAUAUUAGAAAAUACACAAAUGUUUUAGUGGUUUGCACGGGCAGUGGCUGAGCAUGCCUUUAACCCUAGCACAGGGGCAGGGGGAGCUCUGAAUUCGAAGAGAGCCAGGGCUACACAGAGAAAACUUGUCUCAAAAAAAAAAAGGAGGAAGAGGAGUAGGUGGGGGAGGAGGAAAAGGAGAAGGAGGAAGAAGAGGAAAAAGGUGGUAGGGAUAGUCUGGAGAGAGAUGGCUCAGUGGCUUUGUAUGUUUGCUGCUUUUCCAUAGGACCCGAGUUCAGUUUUUAGCACUCACAUCAGGCAGUUCACAACUGCCUGUAACAACAGCUCCUGGGGAACUAACACCUUCUGUCUUCACUGGGUACCCCACCCCGAGGGCCAAACCGAAAGGAGGGUGAUGUGGGGAGGCGUGACCUUUGAAUGUAGUAUAUGUCUGGAGGCCGCUUACGAACCUGUGGUCAGUGUGUUAUGGCCACCUGUAUUGCUGGCCCUGUCUUCAUCAGUGGCUGGAGACAUGGCCUGCUGUCUAAAGCUGGCAUCAGCCGGGAGAAGGUCAUCCCUCCUUAUGGGAGGGAGCCAGAAGCCCCAGAACCCUAGAUUGAAAACUCCACCCCGUCCUCAGGGCAAACCGCCAGCUUCAGAGAGCAGAGGGGGGUUCCAGCCAUUAGGUGGUACUGGGGCUUUCACUUCUGUUUGGCUUUUUCACCACGUUCAAUGCCUAUGAGCGGAUCUGGACAAGGUCACUGUCCUCCAGCUGUCAAGACUUCCCUCUUCCUGUUUCUCUUCUGGCUGCUCAGUAUUUGAACUGUGUCUCCUCCCUGCCCACCCCUAGCUAGAAGAGAAUCAGUAUUGGGGGUCCUUACUGGCCCUUCGUUGCUUUCGGACCACCCCCUCACUUUCGUGACCCAUCUCUGUUUGCCGAAGAGGAGUGGCCAGUCUGUGUGAACUGCUGGCCCAGUAGGGCAUCACUUCUGCCCUGGAGGACAGACUCCAGACAGCUGUGCAGCUCUCUUCUCUCCAAGCCUUUGUGUUCCCUCAGAGUUCUUGAGUUGAUGUUUAAAGGUGGACUCUUCCCAGCUCCUCCGCUGGUUGAUUUAAUUUUUCUCUCCCCGAUGUCUUGAGUUCUGAUUCAAGUGUCAGUCUCCUUUCCAUCCCUCAAUAUGUCCUUUAUUACAGAUUCUAAUAAUAAUAAUAUAGACAUGAAAUGUUAAAAAAGAAAAACUAAAAGCAGAAAAUUUAAAUCCUAAUAACUAGACACUAUUUUAAGAUGCGGUUUGAAAACUAAAUUAUAUCUUUCCCUCAAGGCAAACAUCCACUGAAAAUUCAUUAUAUUUCACCCCUUUUUUCAUUAACAAACUAUGUUCUGACAUAUUCAGUAACGAAGGUUUACCCAUGCAAAUCAUGGUAUGGUACACUGCUAACACUUGGGUAUUUGGAGAGGAUCAUGAUCAAGGUCAAGGCCAGCCUGGGGUACAUGGUAAGACCCUGUCUCAAAAAAAUGUAGAAGAUCCACCAGUAGUACAAUAAGAAAAGAAACAGAUGGGUAUUGUGGUGCGUACAUAUAAUCCCAGCAUUUAGGAUGCUGAGGCAGGAGGACUGCUGUGCAGUCAAGGCAGCCUUGGUUAUACAGCAAAACCCUGUACAAAAAAAUACAAACCAAACUUGUUGGACUAAAUAAGCUAUGUCUGAAGAAGUAUCUGAUUGUCCUGUUUAAUGGAAUUCUUAAGACCUUACUAUGCUGUGAAGCCUAUCACUUUGUAUAAGGUAAUUAAUAAAAUAUUUUUAUUAAAAAGGAA